CUUUUUUCCGGCGGGAUUCUCGACCUCAACCCCUCCUCACGUCCCUCUCUGUACCUGAUUCUCGGUAGCUAUCGGACUGGACGUCUUCGUUUCGCGUUGAUCAUAAUACUGACGGCACCGUCGAAUCUGCCCCGUUCGGUCGAGAUUUAGAAAACCGAACCCGGCCCCAUUCAUCCCAUGAGAAACCGCUUCAGUUGGUUUUGUUUCCCCGCAGCCGCACCAUGUCUGCUUCCGCCCUCCCCUCGGAGCGUCUGCCCAUCGACAACGAUGCACGCUCCAUAUCUUCCGACGAUUCGGAAGUUAGCAAUGAGGAAGGCUGGGAAGACGUUGAACCCGAUGACGAGACCCAGCCUGUCGUUGGCUUGUUCUCCGACAAAGUCUACUCCGACGUGCGGGUAAUGCUGAAGGAGACCAAAGAAAAGUACAAUUUUGACCUGCGGAGGAUUCAAAAGGAGCUCGACUUGGAUUUCCUGGGAACUAUUAAAUUGGUCAACUACGUCCGGACUCAGGUGAAGGAGGGAAACAUGUCUCCCGACGUUUCUUCCGCGGACAAGUUCGACGAUGAAGUUUAUCUGAAGCCUGUAUUGGAGGACGAUGCUCUUCUCUACAGUCUGGAUGACAUUGAAGACGAGACGCCCGAAACGGCUGGCGGUACCGAUGCUGAGAGACGUGUCAUCGAGCUCCAGGAGGACUUGGAACGCCUUCAAACCCAGUUCUCUGAGUACAGAGAGGCCGUACAGAAGUCGAUGGAAGAACAAUUAGCCAAGGAGGAUGAGAAGCUUGGUACUUCCCCAAGCGUUCUGUCGGCACAAAAGGCCGCUAGCAAGAUUGAAGAAGCAGACGCGGACUACUUCACGUCCUAUGCCUACAACGCAAUUCACGAGUCCAUGCUCAAGGAUGCCAUCCGCACUGACGCCUAUCGUGACUUCGUGUACGAGAACAAGCAUGUGUUCAAGGAUAAGGUCGUCCUUGAUGUUGGUUGCGGAACUGGAAUUCUGUCCAUGUUCUGUGCCAAGGCUGGUGCGAAAAAGGUCAUCUCGGUCGAUAAUUCCAACAUUAUCGAUAGGGCCAAGGAAAUCAUCUAUGAGAAUGGCUUCGGUGAUGUUAUAACGUGCGUCCGCGGUAAGAUUGAGGAAGUUACCCUGCCUGUCCAGCAGGUUGACAUCAUCAUUUCUGAAUGGAUGGGCUAUGGCCUUUUGUUUGAGGCCAUGUUCGAUUCGGUCAUCUACGCACGGGAUCGGUAUCUCGCCCCGGGAGGACUCAUGGUCCCAUCGCACGCUACGCUCCGUAUUGCGCCUUUCGCCGACUCUGAGUUCAUCUCCAACCACAUCUCAUUCUGGAAGAGUGUUUACGGCUUCAAUAUGAGCAGCAUGCUCACGGGUAUAUACGAUGAGGCUUUGGUCCGUACCGUGCCGCCGUCAUCGAUUCCUGGCGAUUCUGCCGUCUUCCUUCCCCUUCCUCUACACACCAUCACCGUCGAUGAGCUGUCAUUCCUGAAAGAAUUUCAGGUCACGCUCAAUGAAGACAUUGACUCGCUGGAUGGUUGGACCGUCUGGUUCGACAUUUUCUUCAUGCCCUCGAGGGAGUCCCCCAUUGCAGACGAUGCCAUUCCUUCCGAAAUGCAGAAGAAGGGCAUUGUCGCCUUCACCACGGGGCCCUAUGGCACCGAGACGCACUGGCAACAGGCUGUCCUUCUCGUUGACCGCGAGAAGAAGAGAGGUGUGCCCUUGAAGAAGGGACAGACUAUCACUGGAAAGGUCGGUUAUCAGAAAAAGUCGGAGAAAUCACGCUCCUUGGAUAUUACCAUCGAAUGGGAAGCGCAGGAAACUGAAAAGGGUGCCCAGAAGUGGGGACUGCAGUGAGCAUAUAUAUUUAUAGUGUUCUUCACACACCUCAGGGUCAUUACCCACUUCAAUCCAAAACUAGAAGCAUAACCAUAC